UCUAGCCGUCCCACUAGCCUAUCUCUGGCUGAUAGUGUCGGUCGAUUCUACAGCAAGUCCGAGAACCAGUUCAAUUAAUACACUCGACGGAACCGGUCUACUGCCAACUGCUGACGAACUAGACCUAACUACGCUAGAUUAGUCGUAAUUAAACAGUGAACAAGUGAUUCGCAACAUGGAGCACUAUUUGCGAUUUUACAUCAAAUUUCAAAGUUAUGUCAUUGCGAUCGCCACAAUUUUGGGCUCGGUUUUCACGGCCGUUACCAUCUUCGCAAACACGGACUUUCACUACCCACUGGAGGAAUUUUACAACUAUCGAUUCAUGGGAAGUGGUGCCCUCCUUUUCGGCGUCAUAGGGUUCGCGGUGGGGAUUUCACUUUUCUAUGGCAUUUUUAAGGAAGAUAAACAAUUUGUUUACCCAUUCAUACCCCUGUUCAUGUUGGAACUGUUCCUGCUGGUAGUGCGGGACAUUGUAAUGAUUUGGCAGAACAAACGAUGGUAUAAUAUGGUAUUUAUGAAUCCAUUCACGAUAAUCAUGGCUCUUUAUAUCACCCUUCAUGUGAUGAUGACCCUGGUUUCGAUUGGUAAGCUGAUCGAACAUGAGCCAGUGUUACAACCUGGAACCAACUUUGUGCGGUUCAAAACGGAUGGUGCUCGCGAACGGACGGAGGAGGUCGACGGCGAUGAGGAAGCUCUAGUGACGGAGUAAGUGCGGAGAGGCGUUGUUCUUUCAAACAACGAACGAGAUUGCUAGGUGGUGAUAAUGGCGGCGGAAUGCGACUGAAACUGUUAGAUGCUGGCAAGCUGUUGCGAUGUGUGAUGUUUGUUGUUGGCUUAUGUGCCGGAAUAAAAGCGUUUAUGUUUAGAGUUGUUUCACGAAGAAAUAAUAACAAUUUAAUUCAGUUAUUUUGUUGUUUGCGCUGAAUCAGAAAUGUUGUUUUUUUUUACAUUUAAAGCAUUGUGAAUAAUACCUAUGAACAUGUUCAACCCAAUUCAAAUUACCCACAAUUUAUAAUUAAUCUGAUUUUCAACUAUGCACAUUAUUAUGGCGCUUUACGGUACAAACGGUUUCCAUAAUAUUGUUUGAGAAAAGUUGUGAAAUUCACAGAACAUACUAAGCAAGGUGCAGUAACAAACUUUCGAAA